UUUAUCUAUUGCUCUGGUGAAUUGCUAAGAGCGGUUAAUAUUCACAGCAUUUUCAAUGAUUCGAAGACGUUUGUUGAUAUGCCGAUGAAACAAGAUCCAAAACAUGUUUUGGAUGAAUUCAACAAACGCUUUCCACAAAUGACCGCUGAGAGAAUCGAACGCGAUGAUCUGAUCGCUUUCUUAAAUGAAUUCUUCUCGCCACCCGGAACUGAACUCGAAGAUUGCGAGCUAAGCGAUUGGCAACCGUAUCCGCCAGAUUUAAUGGCAAUCAGUGAUAAAACACUACGAAAGUUUGCACUCGAUUUAAACCAAAUAUGGAAAAUGUUGUGUCGUAAGGUGAAACCUGAUUUGAAGAAUUCGGAUCGUCAUUCGUUGAUAUACGUGCCGAAUGAAUUUGUCGUUCCUGGAGGUCGAUUCCGUGAAUAUUAUUACUGGGAUGCGUACUGGAUUAUUAAAGGAUUGUUGGCCUGCGGCAUGAAUGUGACCACAAAAUCGAUGCUUGAAAAUCUUGCAAGUGUUGUCGAUAGAUAUGGAUUUGUUCCGAAUGGUGGACGUGUUUACUACUUAGAACGUUCACAACCACCGUUUCUAUCCUCAAUGGUCUACGAAUAUUUCGAGAAAACGCAUGAUAUCGAUUUUUUACGUGACAUCUUGCCGGCUCUAGCCAAAGAAUUCCAUUUCUGGCAAACCAAUCGAACAGUGAGCGUAAUCGGAUUAAACCAAAGCAACUACACGGUCUAUCGUUAUCGAACGAACAGUAACGUGCCACGACCCGAAUCGUAUCGUGAGGAUAUCACCGUCGCCAAGCAGCUUCCCGCUGAAGCACGAGCACUUCUUUAUCAGAAUAUCGCGUCGAGUGCAGAAUCCGGGUGGGAUUUUAGUACACGUUGGUUUGCAGAUGGGGAAACAUUGGCUAGUGUGCAAACCACUUCAAUUGUACCGGUGGAUUUGAAUGCGAUUAUGUGUUUGAAUAUGGAUCUACUGAAAUAUUUCUAUCGAACUGUCGGUAAUUUUAGUGAAUCGAAAAAAUACAACAGGAUGAAGAAUGAUUUUAUGUAUGCAAUGCAGUAUGUUUUUUAUAACGACACACAUGGUGCAUGGUUUGAUUACAACAUUGAAACGUUGAAACAUAACACCAAAUUUUACGCUUCCAUUGCACUACCGUUAUUCGGCGAUUGCUAUCAACUGCUGAAUAUGGCCAAAUCUGAACGCAUCUACAAAUUUAUGAGCAAAAGUGGUGUUUUUGAUUAUCCAAGUGGUGUACCAACAAGUUUGAUUGAUAGUGGACAGCAGUGGGACUUUCCGAACGGCUGGAGUCCACUCAAUCACAUGAUUAUAGAAGGUCUUCGAAAAUCUCUCAAUCCUGAAAUGCAAGAACAAGCAUUCAAACUAGCACAGAAAUGGGUUCAUGGUAAUUAUAAAGUCUUCGAGGCAACUGGACAUAUGUGGGAGAAGUACGACGUAAUCGGAACGGUUCCUAAGCCAGGCGUGGGUGGUGAAUAUUCAGUUCAGCCAGGUUUCGGUUGGUCGAAUGGUGCUAUUCUUGACCUACUCGUUACAUAUCGCCAUCGUAUGAAACUGCUAGACGAUUCUCAAGAAUCAACUACAACUACAAAAUCAACUGCAAUUCCCCAUCCCUCACUGCUCAUCUAUUUGACAACAACAAUGGCCGUCUUUUUCGUUCAGCAACGUUAUGCUUUAAUAUGCUGA